CACACGGCCGUCCGUUUUUUUUAAAAUUGCAAGUCUUACUGUCUUAGUAAUAUCGGAGUAACGCUUGUUCGGAUUUUUAGCCGAAGGUCCCACCCAUAUUUCAGUUAGUCCGGCUAAAUGGGAUAUUCCGAUCCGAUGCUCAAAUUUUCAAAUUCUCUUUUGAGAUCGCAGUGUUUCUCCUUUGACAUUUACUUCCAAGCGCAGUACGUACUUGCAAGUUUGGACAUAUCGCGAUAAAAUUUAUGAAAUUUCAAAUCUGCUAGUUUUGUGUGCCUUCACGGAGCCUCAGUCGUGUGACAGAAUACAAUCCUUUCUCGCGAGAAUUUGCAUUUGGAUUGGCAUCAGAAUCAUGUCGGCAAAUCCCUCAAGUUCCACACGGCGUCAGCGAUCCGGACUGGGGCUUGUCGGCAGCAUGAAGCGUACUCUGGACAGUGGAGAGUUCAGUGACGUGCAGUUCACAGUCGGACGAUGUUUCGGGCCAGUGAAGGCCUUCGAUGUGCACAAGCACGUACUGUGUCAACGUAGCCCCGUGUUCUAUACCAUGUUCUAUGGCAGUCUGCCUGAGAAACGCCAGGUGAUCGACAUUCCGGAUGUUCUUCCCGAUGCGUUUGCCAAUAUGCUCAGUUUCCUGUACACUGACACGGUCGAUCUGCGUGUGGACGUCGUCAUCCAGACACUGCUGUGCGCGGACAAGUACGAAGUGCCGCUGCUAGUGGACAAGUGCUGUGAAUUCGUUAGCACCCAGCUGAAUACGGAGAACUGUCUGAUUUUCCUGAAAAAUGGCGUUGAACGUCGUGCUGAAAAGAUUGCAGAGAGUUGUCUGCAGUUCAUCGACCGAUCCGCGGACGAUGUCAUCGCGUUGGGAGAUUUUGCGGCCGUUGGAAAGGAGAUGCUCGAGAUGAUUCUAUUGCGUAAUACACUGUCGGCCGAGGAACAUAAUAUGAGCGUGGACCUGAUGAAGGUUCACGCGUAGGAACAGAAUUGACGGAAUUCUGCCUACCAAAAAGACUAGCAAUGCUAUAAAUACGCCUACGCUACAGAAAGCGAGAAACGGCGUGAUUGCUAGAAAUUUAUAACCAGACUAAAUUCGAUAGAAUUUCCUCGUGGACAACUCCGCAUUGCUGACUGCAGCAAGCGAGGAAAAUGCGCACGUAGCCGCCACACAGUGCGGGUGCGCGCAGAACACCAUGCUUUCGCCACGCGUAAGGCGGGCGCGCAAUGAAUACACAACAGACUGCCAAAGCGAGGGUGUACGCAUGUACGCCUGCGCUCACAUGCCUCUGGGAGGGAGGCUGAGCUCCGUCGAAGCAAAUCCACAUCCAAUUCCUUGGGAUC